ACCUUUUUGCAUUAUACGGCGUAUGUAAUUUUAUCAUCAAAUUUACAUGCAUAUAUAAAGUUCUAUACUCUAAUAUAAAAUUAAUACCAAACGUCAUUGUAUACAGCUAUAUAAAUCUACGAUUAUGUUCAAAAAAUUUGUAGCUAAAAAUUUAAUAUGUUGAACAAGGGAUGUAUAGCUAUAUACUUUACUGAGUUUGGCUGCAUGGGUUUGAUCAGAGUUAGUUGUCGAGUACCGGCUGGUUCGACUCGACUAUCAUAUUAUUCUAAUAGUUUCCGCCCAUUAAAAACUGCUGAAAUGGAUUUCUGCGUAAUAUAUAGAAUUUGCAUCGAUUUCUUACCUAACUUAACACAUAUGCAUAUCUUGAUCUCCGGCUCGACGAUAUGGUUCGUGACUGCAAUGGUCGAUGGGAACACUGUGUACAUAAAGAAGACGCAAAAGUCCAUGUGAUCCCUUAUAUAGUCAUUUCAUCCCCAGCUGUGAGAUGAUUGAUACUGAUGAAGCACAGUUAUAUACACAUGCAAGAAUAGCUAUAUAUAUUUGGUUUCUUGAGCCUAACUAGCUUCAUUUGUGCAGAUUUUUCUCAGAUUUUAAAAAGUGUUCGCGAAGCUUAGUUAUCAAAGAAGAGGCGUAACUAUCACAUUCAUAAAGAAGAAGCUUAACUAUCUAUCACAUUCAUAAAGAAGAAGCUUAACUAUCACAUUCAUAAAGAAGAGGCGUAACUAUCACAUUCAUAAAGAAGAAGCUUAACUAUCUAUCACAUUCAUAAAGAAGAAGCUUAACUAUCAACAUUCAUAAGGAAGAGGCGUAACUGUCACAUUCAUAACGGAAUCCACCAUGUCUUACAUGCAAAUUCUACUCAUACCUAUCGCCAUCUUAUCGGUCGUCACCAACUUUUCUAUCAUAAUUCUCAUCUUGCGCAAUCGAACAUGGUUAUCGAAACCUUAUAAUGUGUUUAUUUUUAGUCUUUCUUUCACUGACAUGUUUACUGGAGUUGUCAUGCUGAUCACUCCAAACACAGUAUUUAAGGAAACGAUAAAUAUCCCAUCCAACAGGUUCAUUGGUACCAUCUUUUGUAAGAUUAUGUGGUUUCGCUGGUUAUUGUUUGCGUUAGGUGCAGUCUCUGUCUAUACUUGCUUGUUUCUUACAGUUGAAAGAUGGACGGCUAUUUGUCGUCCGUUUAAGUACAGGGUAAGAUUUGCUUCGAGGUAUGUGAUCGGCUAUAUUGUUCUUAUUUGGUUUCUCGGUCUGACGACAUCUUCUAUUGGAGCACUGGAACCGGAAUUCGUACCUAAAAACUCGAACAAUACAGCGCCUUUCUGUAAAAUAACACCAAUUGCCAGAGCUAAUUUGAUUGGUUUGGUUACAAUCAUUUCUGUGAGUGCAAAAUUUGUAAUUCCUUCGGUGAUCAUCAUAGUACUAUACACACUUGCCAUUUUGAAAAUCAAAAAGAACGAGAGGUCAUUCCCAGGUCAAAAAAGUCGUAACCAAACCAUAAACGCUGUCACCAAAAUGGCUGCCGCUGCUUCAGUCGGGUUGGUUCUUUGCUGGUUACCAAACCAGAUAUAUUUCAUUUUAGUUAAAUAUCGUAUGGCAGAGAUGUUCACACAUAUUCACAAUUGUACAUCAGUCAUAGUUUUAUUGAGUUCAACGCUUAACCCUUUCAUCUAUGGGCUAUGGGGCAAACACUACCGUGCUGGUAUGAAGGCCGCCCUUCGUUGUUUUGGUCGACAUGUGGACAGGAGUGCAGCAAACGCAGGGGUUGGUAAUAAGGGCUUUUAUGUUGAAAAUAAGCAAACAUUAGCUGCGCCUGCAGGUAAACAACAGGAAACUGUGAUGUAACUUCAAAUCAAGUCUUCCUGGUGCUGCUGUGUAUUACAUUGGACAAAAAUAUUGAUGUAUAUUUAAAGCUAGAAUUGGACUGAAAGUUGGACGCAAUGUGCAUUUAAAACUGGAAAUGACAAUUACUGUAAAUAAACACCAUGUUUUAUGCAAGUAAUAAAGUCCACGCUUCUGCAUGGGUAUGUUUUUGCUGCGUUUAUGCCCCGCUUACCACAGGAUAAUUUCUCGUUGUUAAGUCUAUUACUUCUGAUUUAUUGGAAGAAGGUCCGGUCAAUGAUAUGCAAAAUUGUAUAAUUUACAAGAUCUCCACAAGCGAAUUUUGAACUCUGAAAAGAUUGGCAUUUCCGCAAAUUUGCUUCAAAUCAUCUUCUUAUCUCCUGAUAUCGCAUAUCACUUCGGUAUAUAAUAACGUCUGGCUUCUGUUCACUACGUCAACAUUCAAUACAAUGUUAUCACAGAUAGGACUAUCCCGUCAAAUGGGGUAAUAUUAACUAUUCAUGAACAGGUCGUUACAGAAUGGAAUUCUUUUCUUGAAAGUCGGGUAGGGACAAUCAUGCAAAGGCGCCGGAAGCAGUUUAGGGCGGCUGGGGCAGAGUUUUAGAAACGGCACAUUCAUUUUAACUGUGUUUUACCUUAGCAACCACACGAAGAGUACCUGUGAACUUGCAAAUUCACGGGAGAACG